AAAAAAAAAUCUCUCGACUUUCUCUCCUUUGUCUCGUUCCUGCGAUGUCCGAAUCGGUUCGAGCGGGCGCUGAGCUCGAGGUCUCCUGCCGAUUCUUUGACGAGGAUGGUGUCUAAUUGGAGCGAGCAAGAUCAGCUAGCCCGUCUCAUUAUGGUCUGAGAUAAUUGAGAGUGAAGAGCUUAUUGUGCCUCAUCCCAUGAAAACUGUAGACUGCGCAUUUACUGCUGGUGAUUACAGAGCGGAUAAGAAAGAUGAAGGUGCCACCAUUGAUGUCAGGGCUACUGGGCAAACUUCUCAGAGUGAAAAUGGUCAUUUACAUCGUAAAUUAGAGAACAGCUCUAGUAUUCAUACAAAUGAAGAACUUGCUUCUUCCAGAAUCGAGAUGGAUCAGUUGUCUGGUUUUUCUAACUUAAGCAUGGAACCUAGGGAUGAGUUCACUGACGGAAAUAAUCACAGUUCAGUAACAGAAUUAAUGAAUGAUCUUACUGAUGCAACUAACCUGAAUUUAAUGACAGGUAGCAUCAUAUCUUUUGGUGAUUUUAAUUGCACGCUUCAUAAAACAGUUCAUAAUCUCUGAGUAAUUCAUCAGUGACUCAACGGGUGAUCCGAUGCUGCUAGAUCAUGAGACUGAUCUGUUUGAUCAUGAAGAGAAUGGGGAUCUUCUUGAUUGUUAUUGGGGUAAUUUUGGAGAUUUUGAUGAUAUCGAGAAACUUUUUAGAAAAAAUGACUCCAUAUUUGGACGCGAUGGAGAUGGGUUUGUUUCUGCAUCUCAAGAUCUCAUUAAUGGCACUGAAUCAAUUCCAAUGCCUGAUCUACUACUGUUCAGAGAUAAAACCUCAAAUGAAGACUGCACAUCUUUUCAGUUGCAUGAUCAUGACAAACGAAGACGUCCCUCACAGAAAGAGAAGGUAGAUGGGCAAAAAAUGAUAUCUAGUCCUCUGUGUAAAUCAGAAGAAAGGAGGAAGAGUAUAAUAUCAAGGAACUUAAAGGAUAAUUCUAACCAACGCCAGCGUAUGGAAAGUACAGACAUUCACAGUUCUGCCACAACUCCUUUGCAAACAUCGAAUGCAGAUAGUGCUAUAGUACACCCUGGAUCCUCCAAUCAAGUGACAUUCACCCCACAUGUUCAUAUAGAUCAAAGCCAAGACAGACCUCUUUGUGCUAAUUAUGGUGUUUGCAAUGGUGAUACUAAGCAUCAAAAAACUUCAAAUAGACUACAAGAUGACAAACGAGAGACUAUGACAUCUCAAGAAACAGCAGAGAAACAGAGGCGAUUACAGAAAAUGCAGGCUAAGCUUGCUAUUGAGAAGCAAUGCCUGCAAUAUAAUCAUCAGAAUAAGCAGACUUUAGAGAAAGCACAAGAAAAGGCUAUUAAAAAAACAAAGAAUUUGUGGAUUUUGUGACAGAAAAGGACAUUAUAUAACAAGUUGUUCUUUAGCUAAGGUACUAGCUACAAACAUGAUCUACUUUUUAUAUCUUUUAUUUUGAUGCAUUUCUCUUGACCAAGUUGUAUAUCUUUGGUAUAUUUUAGAUAAAAAAUAGUGUAAAUAAAGAAGGAGAACAAGUACAUAGGAGCUAGUUUGCAAGAGCAAAGAAGGUGUUUCGUGAUAAAGUUUUAUAUUUUAGUGUAUUGUGUAUGGUUAUUAGCUUUUGCAUGAAUUUAUUUUUUGUAUUUUAA